AUGGCCCAGGAAGGCCAAUUGUCCGGGCACUGGGCAGUGUCCGGACAGCAAGAGCAAGAGGAAUCGCGACAGAAGCAGACAUCGAGAGCGCUCGAAAAUACUGCGCAAGGCGACUACGAUUCCUACCUAAUCCGCCAAUUCGUCCCUCGAUCUGCCCAAAAUGCCUACGAUGCCCUGCGCACCCUCAACCUCGAGCUCGCCCGACUCCCCGAGACCGUCUCGAACCCUACCAUAGGCCUCAUGCGCAUGCAGUUCUGGCGCGACUCCAUCAACAAGACCUUUGCCGGCAACCCUCCCAAGGAGCCCAUCUCCAUCCUCCUGCACAAGGCCAUCACCGACCUCGCCGAGAGGACAGGCUUCACCGGCAGCGCAAGCUCGAUCAAGUUCUGGCUGCUGCGCUUCAUCAACACCCGCGAGAAGCACAUGGACAACAGGCCAUUCUCGACCCUGGCUGCGCUGGAAGAUUAUGCCGAGAACACAUACGCCACACUCAUGUAUAUGACGCUGGCUGCGAUGGACGUUCGCUCAGUACACAUGGACCAUCUGGCUAGCCACAUCGGCAAGGCGUGCGGCAUCGUCGCCACCCUGCGCGGCGUACCGGUCCUGGCUGCACCGCCGCGGCCGGUGCACACGCCCGGUGUAGUAGAAGCCGGUAACAGCAGGAGCCAGGCUCUCCUGCUGCCCCUCGACGUGAUGGCCGAGGUCGAUCUCCGAGAAGAGGACGUGUUCCGCCACGGCCCGAACGCACAAGGCCUGCAGGACGCCAUCUUCAAGGUGGCCACCCGUGCCAACGACCAUCUUAUCACGGCGAGGGAGAUGUUGAAGAACAUCGGCCAGGGAGUGGACCCUGGGCAUGAGUACGAACACGCUGGCGAGGUGGAGCACACAUACGGCGAGGAGGAAGAUACCACCCAGCGGGAUGUCAAACGUGGCUUUGGAGUGCUACUAGAGGCUGUCCCUGCUGGUGACUACCUCGAAAGGAUUGAGAAGGCCAAUUUUGACCCGUUCCAGGUCAAAAACAGCUGGAAACUGCCGUGGAGGAUAUGGCAAGCCCUUCGGAAACAACAAAUGUAG